GCAGUGACGAUUGCAGCUGGAAGGAUUUUUUUAUCUUCUUCAAUAAACAGGUUUUACUUUUAAAAUGUGACUUUGUCAGAGUGCUGAUUAAAGUCAUGGCAUAAAAUAAUUCAAGUGUUUUACAUAUCUACCUGUAAAACAAGCAAAUACAACUUAUUCCUUAAAAACCUUAGAGGUAAAACAUAUGGAAGGGGCUAUAAGGUCAUUAGAAAACAAAUUAUGCCUAUCCAUUUAAAGAAAAUUAUUUUAUUUUACAAUUAGGAGCUUUCAGACUUUUCCAGGAGUUAACAUCCCAUUAUAAUCCCCCCAAAGGUUAGACAAUGUUCACAGAAAUUUCAUAAAAACAGACAUGUUAGUAUUUGGACUUUGUUCAAUAAAAAAAAUCAAAGUUAGUAAUUUAAGUAUUGUCUAUUCUGAGUUUGUGCUAAUUCUGUUAGGUUAUUACAAUAACAUAAAACAUUCAGAGUUUGAGGAGGUUGUACUUUCAAGAUUGUAUGCAGUCAAAAGCCUUCACCAGAAUAGACUAAAUGUCCAAAGUGAGACUAGUAUAUAAAAUAAAGUGGAGCUGAAUGUCAGCACUACACAACAGGCUACUGUGAGCACACAAUGUGUCAGAAAAUAAAGGAGUGUGUUUUGGGUGUGCUACUAAUACCAAAAACAAGGCCGACCUGUUUAUAGUCUGGAACCAAGCUGAACAACAUGUUCAAAUGGGAUGAUUAAAUUCAAACUGAUGAAAAACUCCUUUUGGGGUCAUUUUGCUGGGAUAAAAUAAAUUUACUAAUUAAUUCUGGAUUUUGAAAGAUGGCGAAGUUUCACUUUAGCAUGUCUUCUUUUUUUUUCACUGAAAAGUUAGGCACUGAGAAAUUAAGUUUUCAUUUGUGAAUCUCAACAGGAUUAUAAACUUCUAACAAUGUGCAAGUGAUUUUUUAUACUACUAUUCAAUUACUACAGUUUACAUAGAAGAAAUUGACCCAAUGUCAGUCUUUCACAGCAUAUUAAUAGCAACAAAAUUAACGGAGAUAAUGAUAAUAAAAUAUUUAAUAUAUUUAGACAAUAUCCAUUCAUCAUGUUACAUGCGUAUCUCUAUUAAGAUUGUGCGGGGUGCUGGUGACUAUCUCCUGCGGUCAACGGGCGAGAGGCGGGGUUCACCCUGGACAGGUCACCAGUCCAUCGCAGUAUUUAGACAAUAUCUAAAUAUGUAUUUUGUCUUGACAUAAACAAAAGUGCACUUUUGAUAUCUGGCUCUACUAGAAUACAUUUAAUAAAUGUUUGAUGGUAAACAUUCAGAAGUUAUUAAGGAAGCCCAGGUUGCUUUAACAUCAGCCUUUCUGGAUAGUUGGGUCAAGUGUUGCUCAUUUUCAUCCUCACAACAAAACAUCAUAAAUUCUUUAUGGGUUCAGGUGAGUUUGUUGGUCAAUCAAGCACAUCAAGAAUGUCAUGCUCUAAAAUUCCUGAUGGGCAGCUGACUUAGGACUUAAUAUAACAAUAAACUAACAUUAGAGGAUGAAGUGUUUCCACAAUUCAUCAUAAUCUGUGGAAGAACGCUGUAUCACAAAGCAAGUUGGGCUUUGUGCUUUUUCACUCUUCCUCCAAACUCUUGGUCUUUGAUUUUCAAAAGAAAAGUAAACAUAGUAUUUAUAUGCAGAGAGAAUUUCAGAUGACUGAACAACGUUGCAGUCUUCAUUUUCCUGAGGCUAGGAAAGAUUCUUCUGAAAUGUGGCCUCAACACCACAGGUUGGUCAUCUCCGUGCUGCAUUGAAGCAGUAUUCCCAGAUCGAGAACUGAUUGCAUCUAGUGUGCACUGCAUGGACAUGCUUCUCAGUAGACUGGCAUUUCUGUAAAUUAUUGGUCUUUUGUAAUAAUAUGUUUAUCGUACAAACUGAAUUUCAGGUUUCCACUAACCUUCAGCCAUAAAUGAGCAUAUAUUCUUCUUCGUGUAAUGAAUCCAUAUUACAUGUUGGUGUCACUUUUUGAACUAAAUAGACAGAAAAAGUCUGACAACCCUUACGACAUUAAUAACAGAUAAUGGAAGGGACUGCAAUAAUCAUGCAAUCUCUGUCGCAUAAAGAGACAUGACAUAUUUUUGCAAACCUGGACAUCUAACUUCAGGUAUAUGGAAUCUGAAGGCAAAAUUUGCAUUUUAAAAGGCUGCUCUACAUAACUGUCGCUGUAUUUAAUCCCAGAUCAAAAUAACACGUCCAUCUAAAAGCUCACAACAUGAGCAUAUAUCUAAAUAGAGAUGCUCGUCGUAAAAGACGACCACAAAGGGAAACUUACUCAGGAAGUUGCGUCGCGAAUUAACUGAUGGGCGUUAAAUCAUUCCUUGAGUGGAUUUUAAAUAUAUAAUUGUACGAGUUUACCCCUCCAAAAAAAAAGUAACAAACCAAGUCAAAACAAUUUAUGCUAGCUGCCUGCAACAUUAUACGAACGUCAACUUCUACACACGUUCUCGUAGAGCCGGAUAUGCGUUGUUUGACGGCUUUUAACGCAGUUAACCCCCAAAUUAUAGGACUUUAAAGACACGUUAUCGCUCUGAGUGUGGUCGACGCCAUCAACCACUGUAACUGCUCGCGCUUUAAGGUGUUGGAAUGAACAGGUCCAGGUCCAGUAGGAAUAGAAAAGUUCCCCAGCCUCCAGACACCAGAUUAACCCGCAGCUCCAGCUCCCAGACCAGGCAUCCGGAACCUGCAGAACUCCAGGACUCAUGGCAGGGUCCUUGUGGAAAGCAACGAAGGAAGCAGCCUGACUCGGCUCUCGCUCAGGACCUCAGCCUGAUCAGUGUGAGCAGACUGGACUCUACAAGUAAAGGAACGAUGUCCACAGCUGGCAGUAUUCCCAUGCAGGCCUGUCCGUCCUCUGAGUCCACAUCUGAUCAGAUAGUUCCAUCUUCAUUCCCGGUGAAGUCCUCUUCCCGGAGCGGCCUGUUGUCGGUGGCUCGGCUUGUGAAACUGGGCCGCUGUAAGAACAUACUGGUGGUGGUAGGAGCAGGUAUCAGCACACCCAGCGGCAUCCCAGACUUCCGGACUCCAGGAACAGGUCUCUACGCCAACCUGGAGAAGUACAACCUCCCUUACCCUGAGGCCAUUUUCAACAUCGACUACUUCUCCAAUGACCCCCAGCCUUUCUUCUCCUUGGCCAAGGCUUUGUAUCCUGGCUGCCACCGUCCCAACUACAUCCACUACUUCAUCCGCAUGCUCCACCACAAAGGUCUGCUGCUCCGGCUAUACACGCAGAACAUCGAUGGGCUGGAGAACGUGUGCGGCAUCCCCGAAGACAAACUCGUGGAGGCCCACGGUAGUUUUGCCACAGCGUCCUGCCACCUGUGCUACACGCCGUAUCCUGCCGAAGAGGCUAAAGUUGCUAUAAUGACUGACAACAUCCCCACCUGCUCCUUCUGCGCCGCUACUGUCAAACCUGAUGUUGUGUUUUUUGGAGAAGACCUCCCACAGAAAUAUUUUCUCCACACAAAAGACUUCCCCAAAGCGGACCUUCUCAUCAUUAUGGGGACUUCUUUAAAGAUCGAGCCUUUUGCUAGCCUGGUGAAUACGGUGCGCUCCACUGUGCCGCGUCUGCUCCUGAACCGGCAUGCUGUGGGCCCCUUUGAGAGGGUCCCGCUCCGGAGAGGAGACCACAUGGAGCUGGGGGAUCUGGCAGACUCGGUCAGGAGGUUCGCAGAGAUCCUUGGCUGGAGCGGAGAAAUCGAAGAAAUGAUGAGGACUCAGGAAAAGUUGUCCUUCCUGCAGGGCAUCCCUCCUGUGGUAACCCAUGGAUCAUCAUCAUCAUCAGAGACUGAAGACAUGAAGACAUCCAGACCACGAGCUGAAGGAAGCUGCAGCGAGGACACCGACUCAGAAACGGACAGCAAAAGCUCUGCGUCUUCAAGAGCAAGCAAAUAACUCCUCAGCCUACAAUACAACAAAGGUUCAGGAGAAAUUAAUUUCAGCUGCUCUGUAAAUAUGCAGGUUGUUUUGCUUCACAUCUUUCAUAGUCAAUGUGAAGUGUGUAUUUUGUUUAUAUGUAGAUAUAAGGUGGUUAAUCUAGUUUCCAUCAAGAACACUAGUAAAUAUUCCUUAAAGUGAUUUUAUAUGUCUGAGGUUAAUAAAGUUGUUUUAUCUCAAUCAUGCAUGUAUUUAAUAAAUGUUUCUCUU